AUGGAGGCUGAAUGGUGCCCCAAGACUCUACAUGUUCUGGAAGGCCAGUUUCGCGGCAACACAACCGGUUUGCUUGCUGCAUACUCCUUGCAGCCUUUCCUUGGCCAGGACCAUAGAGACUGCACAAAGGAGGAUUGUCAACUCACUACCGUGGGUGGCGCCAACGAAUACAAGGUUCGGCAUCAUCUUACUUGCAAAUGGACAAGCGGACCCGACUGUGGAUGGGCGGGUACUGAGUCUCAAGCUUUAGGGGCCAUAAUCAGGCGUGGCGCUAUACCCCUUCUGGUCUUGCAGCAGCAAAGUGGUGAUCCAACGUCCAGAAUCACCGUGAGACUUACGGAUAACCUCGAGUGCAAGGAGUACGCAACCAUAUCUCACGUCUGGUCGGACGGUUACGGCAAUCCAAAGGAUAACAAGCUUCGUCAAUGCCAACUCAAGUUCUUGAAACUCGCACUGGAUAGUGUUGACAGGGGUCGGAACAAAAGCAAAAAGAUUGCAUUCUGGAUGGAUACCCUUGCUAUCCCGGUUGAGAAAGACUUCAAGGAAGAACGGAAGAUUGCGAUCGGAAGGAUCCACGAGAUCUUUGUUCGAUCCCGUUACACCAUUGUUAUCGACCAGGGUCUCUGUCAAGAAAUGAGCGGCGAGAAAUACCACGAGAUAGCGAUGAGAAUCCUGGCCAGUGGAUGGAUGCGUCGCUUGUGGACUCUUCAAGAGGCAUAUCUGAGCGAAAGAAUCUUCUUCAAGUUCAAGGAUGAAAAGGCCCUCGAUUUGGAAGAUCUGGAGGCAAUGUACCCUUCUGCCAACGACACAUUGAAUUCGUGUAUACCUGCUAUAGCGCGAAGCUACUUUCACAGUCUGCUUGGAACGGCAAGAAGGGCUCGGAUUCACGAUAUGACUCCCAAGGAGGGAUUGAGUUUGAUUGCCUCGGUUUGGAAAGCUACACAAUGGAGGACCACGACACACAAGCAACACGAAGUGCUAGCUCUGGCAACACUUUUCGAUCUCAACACCGGCAGAUCGGACGAUGCAGAAUCCCUCAACCAAGCGUUCAUAGUCGGGGAAACAAAUAGCCAGUCUUUGGAUGAAAAUAUGUGUACUCUGCUCAGGCUGUUGGAGGAAGUUUAUCCGGGAUCCAUUCCAGCUGGGAUUAUAUUCCUUCCUGGAAAAAGGUUAUCGAAAAAGGGUUAUGGGUGGGCUCCAAGAACGUGGACAUCAGGUCAGACCGUGGAUUACCCCGACCCUCUGACUAUCGACACGCCAACCACCAGAUUCAUUCCUGGCCAGGGGCUCUACGUUGAGUUUCCCGGUUUCUUGUUGCAUUCAUCUCCGGAGACCAACCCAAUCACUCAGAUGAGUGUAAACGUGUUUCUCCGCUUUCCUGUCGAUAGCACGCUUACGGAGUGGUACGAGAUCAAGUCCGCCGCCGAUGAAGAAGAGAUGGGGAAUGGGCCGAAGGACCUGAAUGCCAGAAACAGUUCGGCUUCGCGAGGUUAUGCCAUCAUACUCCCGCGUCAACGUCCCCGAGAUGUUGAUGAGAUCGCAUUGUUGGUUGAGACUAGACCACCGGUCAUUCAGCGUUCGUUUGACAACAAGAAGGAGACUCAAAUAUUCCAUGUCUCCGUCGUCUUCAGAAUCUGGAUUAAACGGGUGAUGAAAGUUGACGAAGAUGACAUCAACAAGUUUUACCCUAGGCCCAGUAUCCGAGCAGACGAAGAUGGCGAAGAUGUCAUUAGUAGGCAGAUCUUUGGUGAGGCUUUAGAUCAUGGUCAGAAAUGGUGCGUGGAUCAGGACCACUAUGAAUGUGGUAACAAAAGAUCUGAACUCAUUGAUGGGUCCUACCACUGCGAAGAAAAUGAGUGA